AUGGGUGCAAAGAGAACAAAGCUAGGCUUGAGAGAUUUCAUCACCUUGGGUGACCUCUUCCAAAUCAUAGACGUAGCCGAGAGCAAAGCAGUGAAUGUGAUAAAGUUCAACGUGAAGGGACUGAACCUGUUGAAUGGUCAGCUGGCAAUUGUAGCGUCCUUCAACAUUGAUUCCAAAUCAAGAGUUACAAUUACAUACAGAGAAUCAACCAUCACACCUGACCAGCUGAUGAAUUGCGUUCCAGAAGAACUAUGA